AUGACGAUGAUGAGCGUGUUGGCCAACGCGCUUCGCGGCAUUGCGAGCGCGGAGCGCCGUGGCAAGCGUCAGGUUCUUAUUCGCCCGUCGUCCAAGGUCGUCGUGAAGUUCUUACAGGUGAUGCAGAAGCACGGCUACAUUGGUGAGUUUGAGAUCAUCGACGACCACCGUGCGGGUAAAAUUGUGGUGAAUCUCAACGGCCGCCUUAACAAGUGCGGUGCCAUCUGCCCCCGCUUCGACUGCACUGCCCCUGACUUUGAGAAGUGGGUGAAGAACAUUCUUCCCAGCCGUCAGUUUGGCUUCGUGGUGCUUACGACGUCGCUUGGCAUCAUGGACCACGAGGAGGCGCGUGCCCGCAACACUGGUGGAAAGGUUCUUGGCUUCUUCUACUAA